UCUCGGAAGCUGCACAUGUUGUUCAAAACGCACCUAAACCGCACGCCUACGGCCACCUAUAAAGACCGCACAAUUCCUCCUAACCCCUCCCAUCUUCUCAACCCCCUUCCUCACACAGCUCGUAGUUUGAAUCCAAAUUCAUCUUUUUCAUUCCUUCUUCUUCAGCAGUUUCAUACCGAUAUCUUGAAGAUGAAUUCCAUGAGAUCUUACGCUUUCUCAGUCAUUGCCUUUGUGCUCUCUACGCUUUUGCUGCUAUCAGAAGCUCAGACCUUGGCUCCGGCACCCGGGGGUCCAUUCAGCGAUGGGGCGGCGUUAGAUCAAGGGAUUGCCUACGUUCUUCUACUUGUGGCCCUUGCAGUCACAUACCUAGUCCAUUGAUUUCCCUUAUCUCUUGGUGCUCCAACUUGCUGAUGUAUUUGAUAUAAAUUCUUUAUGUAUUUUCUCCUCUGAUUAAUGAGGAGAACUUGCAGCAAUUUUUAUUGGCCUUUUUGGUUCUUGUAAUGUAAAGAGAUCAUAUGCAAUAAAGGGUUUGAUCAUUUUCACA